GAUACGGCACUGUUACGCACCUUUUGAUUAAAGAUGGAGGAGGCGAGUAACGAGAAGUUCUCGUCGAGAAGACGUUCCGCUGUAAUUAAGUCUUUUAAAGCGAAGGAUGAACGAGUAGCAACAUUCAAAAAGGUGGCUGCGAUACUGCAAAAACCUGAAAUUGACAGAACACCGGAGGAGGUGGAUAUACUCGUCUCUUGUAGUGACGUAGUGAAGGAGGUUAAUUUAAGACAAGAGAAAAGGGAUAGGGUUAAAGCAAGAUUGGAAGAAAUUGAAGAUGUACCAGAGAUUUUGGAAGAAAAAUGUAUUAGGUUGGCUGCUGCUAUUAGCAGAGCCAAUUCUCUUGCUGUUUAUACCGGUGCUGGUAUUAGUACAGCAGCAUCUAUUCCUGAUUACAGAGGAACCAAUGGUGUAUGGACUAGAAUGCAACAGGGAAAAGAUAUUGGGAACCAUGACUUGAGUCAGGCUGAACCAACAGUAACACAUAUGGCUUUGUAUGCUUUAUACAAAGCACGAGUAUUAAAACACAUUGUAUCACAGAAUUGUGAUGGACUUCAUUUGCGUAGUGGUAUACCACGCACUCUUUUAUCUGAAGUUCAUGGAAACAUGUAUGUUGAAGUUUGUAGAACUUGUAAACCGUCUAGAGAAUAUUGGAGGAUUUUUGAUGUUACUGAAAAGACAGCUAGAUAUUCGCAUGGUACGGGUAGAUUAUGCCACAAGUGUAAUUCCACUUUGCAAGAUUCAAUAGUACAUUUUGGAGAAAGAGGAAAUUUACCAUGGCCGAUCAAUUGGAACGGUGCAACUCGAGCUGCUAAGCAAGCUGACGUGAUAUUAUGUUUGGGUUCUAGUCUUAAAGUUUUAAAAAAAUAUCCGUGGCUAUGGCAAAUGGAUAGGCCAGUACACAAACGUCCUUCAUUAUAUAUCGUCAAUUUACAAUGGACUCCGAAAGACGAGAACGCUGUAUUGAAAGUCAAUGGAAAGUGUGACGAAGUUAUGAAAAAAGUCAUGACCCAUUUAGGAUUGGAUAUUCCAGAAUAUAAUCGUGCAAAAGAUCCGAUAUUUUUUCAUGCUAUAAGACUGCAGAACAGUGAAUUACCCACUACGACUCAACCGUGCUUGGAGGAGCCAACCAUAGUAGCGACAGUGAAAAAAUCCCCGCGCCAAAGUACCGAGCAACCCCUCGAGGAUGCCGUACCAGAAACUAAAGAAACAGAAGACUGUAUCUCUCCUAUAAGCGUAACUGAUUCUAUGACUGCCUACUCAGCACCUUUCUUUACUGCAUUGCCAUUUUUAUCUAUGGGAUUACCUUUCCCACCCAUGUACAUGUAUCCUCAAUUAACUCCAUUGUUUUAUUAUCCAUUCAUACAAAUACCCAAUGUUAAUGCAACAGAAACACCAAAACCUAAACCAGCUUGUUCAUUUUGUAUGGAACAUGAAGGUUCCCUUACUUGCCUCUACUAUCAGCGCAACGGAGACGAUCCCGUAUUAUUAGAAACGGAAAAUGAACACAUACAGGAAGCGGAACAAUUAGUUAUUGCUGAUGCACCAUUGGCAUCAGCUAAAAAUCCCGGAUGGUUUGGCAAAGGGUAUCGUAAAGGUAUGAAAAAGAAGCGGUAGCACCCACUCGAAACAGAACGGCACGUAAUGGUUCCCCUUUUUAUUAUUAUUAUUAUUGUACGCUAAUCAGAUAAUGAAUAUUACAAUGGCGUACUUAAGUAUUUAAAGUCUUCAUAUCGUAACAACAAAUAUUAUACUUACACGGAACAUUUUUCAAUGUAGCGAGAUUCCGUUCGAAUGUUCAGUGCAUGAAUAGAUUCGUCGAGAUUAUCAGUCAGUUUUAAAAUAAUAGACAGAAGCAAUUUCAAUGAAAUUGCUUUACAUGUUCUUAUUAAUAAGAUAACGUAGUCAUCUAUAGAUGAUUGUGAAAAUUGAAACAGAAAUUAUUUUCUUAUUGAUAUUAGUUACACAUUUGAUUUGUCGCAUUAAUUACUAAUUUUUAAUAACAAAUUUUGGUUUUAUCAAUCUCAUUUGACAGCUAUUUCUACUUAUAUAUUAUUAUUACUAUUAUUUUUAUUUUACAAUUAUAUUUCUU